AUGGCGCGCCGGGAGUCAAGAUUCAGUCAAGAUGUACUCAUCGACACGACUCCUAUGCCCGACCACAUACCCAAGGUUACAGAGAUAGGCGCUACCUCUGCACCUCUCAUGAGUGCUUCAUACUUCAUUGGCGCAAGAUGUCGACCAUACAAUGACGACUACAUGCAAUGCAAGACCGAUGCAUUCGGCAAGGGAGAACUGGACUGCAUGAAGGAGGGACGUAAGGUCACCCGGUGCGCCGCGAGCGUGCUAGCUGAUAUGAACAAACACUGCUUAGAGGAGUUUCGGGCGCACUGGAACUGCUUGGAAAACUACAAUCACCACUUCUUCCAGUGCCGGAGACCGGAACGAGUGCUCAAUCGAUGCGUCUUCAACAAAAUGGGCCUCGACAAAACCAUUCCAGAUACGCCAAAAGGCCAAACUCCCGUACAUUUGAGGGACUACCAGGUUAUGGCAGAGACACGGAGUGUUCUGCGACGAGGAGAAAAGGAUGUCGGCAUCCUUAAGGACGGUACGGUCACCGGUCAGGUAUACAAGACCACACCUCCUGAUACGGAGAGCAAGUCGGUCCUGAAUGCACCAACCCUGAAAUGA